AAAGAAUUUUGCAUAUUUUAUUAAAUAAAGUAUGUCCAUCCAGCCAUUAUCUUAAUGCUAGUUAACAUCAAGCCACUACGUCAGCGCUUUUGUUCACUGGUUGCUUGGAUACCAGAGAUGUGACGUCACGUGACCUUCCUGCCUGCGCGAGGAACGGAUUCUGUUUAAUCGUGCUAGCGUGUUGCUAACAACACAACUUCAGAUUCAGUCACUAAAAAUUAGUAAAAUGUUGGACAACGAGGGAGAAGAAAGUCUAAAAAGCACGUUUUCCACCUUCAUGGCUGAAGGCGACCAGCUGUUUCAUAAAGGACAAUAUAGCAAAGCUAUUGAACGCUAUUCCACGGCUCUACAAUUACAGCCAGGCGACAGGAACUGUUUGGUUGCCAGAUCGAGAUGUUAUGUGAAAAUGGGGGAAGCGAUAAAUGCUCUGAAAGACGCAGAAGCUUCUCUCAAAAAUAAGAAAAAGUUCUUCAAGGGUUUAUAUCAGAAGGCAGAAGCUCUGUACGGCAUGGGGGAUUUUGAGUUUGCGCUCGUCUUCUACCACCGAGGCCACAAACUGCGACCAGAGCUGCAGGAGUUCAGACUGGGUAUACAGAAAGCUGAGGAAGCCAUCACCAACUCUGUGGGAAGUCCUUCAUCUGUAAAGCUGGAGAAUAAGCGUGAUCUGUCUUCUUUCCAUAAAGUAGAUGAGCAUAAAAAAGCUCAACCAAAGAAUUUUAUCCAUCCCCUGAAGAGGGACCGGAGUCCAUACCGCCAAAAGACACUCAGGAGUGAGAGAACAGCUAAACAGCUUCUGGGAGAGCUGUACACUGACAAACAAUACCUGGAAAAGCUACUCAAAGACGAAGAUCUAAUAAAAGGCAAGACUCGUUCUGGUGAGAAGCUACAGGAUGUAAUCAUGGACUGCAUCUCUUAUCUGGACACGCGCACUAAGUUUUGGCAGCAGCAGAAACCUAUAUAUGCCCAUGAGCGCGAUCGAAAGGCCCGAGAGCAGCAACGGAGUCGCGCACGGAACCGUCCUCCCUCUGACCCCACCUUCUACGUCCUCAAAAACCUGGAGGAUAUGGAUGCAGAACUGGCUGCAGGUAACACGGAGAGCAGCCUAAAGAAGGCCCAAGAGGUGCUGAAGAAGGUGCAAGGCUGGUCUGAAAAAGUUCUGCCCAAUAAGACAGAAGUGAUGGGAAAUCUAUACAGCUUCAUUGGUAAUGCACUGAUGGAUCUGGGAAACAUGGGCAAGGCCCUGGAGAACCACUUUAAAGAUCUGGAGCUGGCUCAGCAAAGUAAAUUGAUGGACAGUAAGUCAAGGGCUUUGGACAAUAUCGGCCGAGUGUAUGCACGCAUUGGCAAAUUUCACCAAGCGGUAAAAGUCUGGGAGGAAAAGAUCCCUUUGGUACAAGAUGAGCUGGAGAAGGCCUGGCUGUUCCAUGAAAUUGGCCACUGUUAUCUGGAAAUGAGGAGUCACACCAAGGCCAGAGACUAUGGCAUCCAAUCACUCAGUGCUGCAAAUAACAUCAGAGAUGAGAAAUGGCAGCUCAAUGCCAACGUACUAGUGGCGCAGGCUGAGUUGAAACUGGGUAACUAUGAGUCCAGUGUGUUAUACUUUGAGACAGCACUGGACCAGGCGAGAGCGCUACAGGACGACGAUGCCAGCGCUGCCAUCCAGAAGGCUCUUCAAGAGACAAGACAGCAAAUGCCCCAGUGAGAGCAGACUGAUGACUGAUUCGGUUCGUGUUUCCCCACUGGAGGAUGUUUCAGUGACCGAUGAAAACAAAUUAAAGAUCCAUGAAAAAACUAAUGAAUCAUAAUUACUGCUUGUACUCAUGGCUGCAUCCACUAGAAUAAACUUGUGUGGCAAAAUCAA